AUAAGAGAAGAGAGAUCGGUUGAUCAAAGGCAGGCUUGAUCGAGCUGUUUGCUCACCCGCUUGGCAGGAUUUUUUUGAAGAAGGGACAAUGUUUCAUGAGGGUGAUGUCGGAUCAGACCACAUGGUGCUCCGUUUGGAAUUCCAUUCUCCAGCACCAUGGAAUCGUCCUCCUUUUGGAUUUGAUGAACGAUGGUUGGGGAAGGACGACUGUGGCCAGGUGGUUCUCAAUGCCUGGGCGGCGGAAGGAACACAUUAUCAACAUUUCAAGAGAUGUGCUGAUGACUUCAAACAAUGGGCGGGAAGCAUGAUUGAGGCCCAAAACCAUCGAGAAGCAGAGAUCAAACAUAGUCUUGAGACACUGGCUCAAAUGUCCCGGUAUGAGGAGGUUUGUGAUGAAGAAACUAGUCUGUUGAAUGAACUGGACGCUUUAUGGAAUGAUGAGGAAAUCAUGUAGUGCCGACGAUCCGGAGUCUAAUGGCUUGCAAAGGGAGAUAGGAAUACAAAGUUCUUUCAUACUUCGGCGGUUUACAGGAGACACAAGAAACAGAUUUUGGGUUUACGAGGAAAGGAUGGGAAUUGGAUCAAGCAACCAGAUUUGCUUUCAGCCCCUAUUCAAGAUUUCUAUCAAAAUCUCUUCAAAGCAAAGUAUGUUGGUUUUGAUGGCUACCUCGUGGAUGAUUUCCAUCGGCUUGUAAUGAAUGAAAUGAAUGAAU